GUAGACAGUAUGGAGGAGCUCAAAGAGGCAGACGCUGCUCAGCUACACCAGGAGGACGUCGAUAUCAAAUGUGAAGCUGAUGGAGCUGGUGAGGAUACGACCUCUGCUGGUGACCAAACGGCGGUUGAGACGGUGAAGAAUGACGCUGUGUCAGACAGCGACUCUAAGCCCUCAACCACGACUACAGAGCGACACAUCUCCAUCCAGUCUAAACUGGAGGGCCUGGAGACGCUGGUGGACCUCAACGGUGCGGGGCGUAAGUCAUGUCCAUUGUGUCCUGAGGAGAAGUUUAAAGCGUGCUACAGCCACAAGCUCCGCCGACACCUGCAGAACCUCCACUGGAAAGUCUACGCAGAGUUUGAAGGUCAGAGGAUGUGUAUCUGCCACCUGCCCUGUAGGAACCUGAAGCCCAGCCUCAGCGGAGAUCAGGCCUCAGGGAGACUCGUGGCUCACUAUCACUGCGUGGUGUGUUCAGUCACCAUCGCCCGCAAAACUGACAUGGUCAGCCACCUGAAACGGCACGUCAACAAAGGAGAGACUGAAGCCAGCUACUCUGGGAGCUCAGAUGUAGCCAUCGAGGAGCCGGCACCGUCUGGUCAGGCGUUUGAAAUCAUGAAAGAACUUGGAACCAAUGUGCAGCUGCUCCCAAACCACACCACCCCACUGAAGAGCGACACCUUCUUCAACCGCAAGAUGAAGACCAACCGGCAGCUGGUGUUCUGUUCGCUCGCUGUUUUAGCCGAGGAGAGGAACCCGCUGGAGUGUCUGGAUGCUUUUGGAGCCACAGGGAUUAUGGGCCUCCAGUGGGCGAAGCACCUCCGUAACGCCGUUAGAGUCACCAUCACCGACAUCAGCGACACAUGCGUCAAAAUGAUCAAAGAGAAUUGCGAGCUCAACAACAUCCGGGUGGACGGUGGCUCGCGAGGGGAUGUCAGAGAGCAACCCAUCGCUACGGUGGAAGUCGCCAAGAUGGACGCCAACGUCAUCAUGCACCUGCGGUCGUUUGACUACAUACACUUGGAUCCGUUCGGGACGGCUGUACACUACCUGGACGCCGCCUUCAGAAACAUCCGGAACCUGGGUAUCAUCUCUGUGACAUCCACAGACACGGGGUCUCUUUACGCCAAGUCUCCAAACGUCACCCUGCGUCACUAUGGCUGCCACAUCGUACGCACGGAAUACCACAAAGAGCUUGCUGCACGCAUGGUCAUAGCCACGGUGGCGAGAGCGGCCGCUCGCUGCAACAAAGGCAUCGAGGUGCUUCUGUCGGUGGCGAUGGAGCAUUUUGUCCUAGUGGUGGUCAGAGUCCUCCGAGGUCCGGCGCAGGCGGACGAGUCAGCCAAGAAGCUACGAAAACUGGUUCACUGUCAGUGGUGUGAGGAGAGAGUCUUUCUAAAACAAGGGAACAUGGUGGAUGAUACGCUGCCUUGUAACUGUCAUGGGAGUCUGCCUGGAAAGACGGCGGUGCAUCUGGGACCGUUAUGGUGUGGUUCGCUCUUCAACACGGGCUUCCUGAGGAGGAUGCUGUCAGCCGCCGUGCAGCACAGCAUGGAUGACAUCCAGCCGCUCGUCAAGACACUGAUCUGCGAGUCCGAAUGCGCCACGCUCAAGUCAUUAGUCCACGGGUCGUCUGCUCUCACCAACCAGGUGGAGUGUGGAGUCGUCAUCAAGACGCCACAGAGCGGAGACGAGCUGGCGGUCGCUGAUCUAUCCGGAAAGAGAAAAACUGGAGAGGAGUCUGGGAACGUGGUGAAGAAGCUGAAGUCUGAAGCGUCUCUGGAGCAUCCACCCUUCUACUACAGCCUCCAACGGCACAGCAUCCGAGGCAUGAACAUGCUAAAGUUGAACAAGUUCCUUCAGUAUUUGACCGAGGCCGGCUUCAGGGUCGGACGGACCCACUUCGACCCGACCGGGGUUCGAACCGACGCCACGCUGGAGCAGUUUAAAUCUGUCCUCACCAAAUACAGUGUCCCCACGUACACCACCGCCACUGCCACGCAGACGAGCACGAGCACAGAGACCACGGCCUGAGAGAAACAGCAGAAACCAAGGCUGACUCACUGUCACAGUAGAACUUGUCUACUCUGAUGUCUACUGUCUGUUCAUGUAAACGUUCUGAAUGCACUGAUUUAUUACAAACACACCAACCAUUAACAGAUUUCUCUGCUGGACUAAAAAAAAAACAAAUUAAACCAAAAGAGAUCCUGCAGCACAAUGAGCCCACUGCUUUACUAUUUAUUCACAUGUGAUACGCUCAUGUUUUUCAUUUCUAGCUGGUUUAUUGUCCUGUUUUCCUAUUACUGAAGAAAAAAAAAUAAAAUGUUCCUGCAAAGCUUUAA